AUUUAAUACAACUCACAUGAAGUAAACAAAAAUGUUAACGCUGGUGAGCACAUUACUGCUCAGCGUCAUCACAUUGCUGGCUGUGUAUUUGUACAACAAUUACACUUACUGGAAGAGGCGUGGUGUUUGCUAUGAGACACCUCUACCGUUUAUUGGCAAUUUUAAGGGAAUUGGUAGAACCCAUCACUUCAAGGACAUUAAUCAGCGUCUGUACAAUAGAUUUAAAGGCCAGGCACCAUUUUGCGGUUUUUAUUUGUUUUUAAAUAAAGCAGUGUUGACUUUAGACUUGGAUUUAAUAAAACAUAUAUUGAUAAAAGAUUUUUCGAGUUUUCAUGAUCGUGGCAUAUUUAAUAAUGUCAAAGAUGAUCCUUUGACCGGACAUUUAGUGGCUUUGGAGGGAGAACAGUGGCGGGCUAUGAGAACGAAAUUGACGCCGGUGUUUACAUCGGCCAGAAUGAAGUAUAUGUUUCCCACGGUGGUGAAAGUGGGAGAAAGUUUUGCCGCAGCAAUGAGAAAAGAAGCGGAGGACGGAGCUGCGGAUCAUGUAGUGGAGAUAAAAGAUUUGUGUGCUCGUUUCACCACCGAUGUUAUAGGCACUAGUGCUUUUGGCAUAGAUUGUAACAGUCUGCAAGAUCCCAAUGCAGAAUUUAGAAAAAAAGGCAGAUCAAUAUUCGGCGACCCUCGACAUGGUCCUCUAGUGCAAACAUUUAUGAUAACAAAUCCUAAAUUGGCCAGAAAAUUUAACAUGAAACUUUUUAAAGAUAAUAUAACGGAUUUCUUUUUGAAUAUAGUGCGUCAAACGGUGAAUUACCGCUUGGAGAAUAAUAUUAAACGUAAUGAUUUUAUGGAUUUGAUAAUUGAGCUAAAAGCCAAAAAUGAAGAUAUGGUGAGAGAAUCCCAAGGCAUUGAUCUGUCACAGGGUUUGAUGGUGGAACAAAUGGCUGCCCAAACAUUUGUAUUCUUUUUGGCGGGAUUUGAAACUUCAUCUACAACCAUGUCGUUUUGUCUAUAUGAAUUGGCCAGAAAUCCAGAUGUACAAGAAAAAUUGAGAAAAGAAAUUUUGCAAACGAUUAAAGAAAAUGGAGGAGAGUUAACAUAUGAAAACAUGAAUGCCAUGAAAUAUUUGGAACAAGUAAUAGCAGAAACUCUGCGUUUGUAUCCUAUUAUAUCAAAUCUGAUACGCAAGGCCAUGACUGACUACCAGGUACCCAGCUCUACACAUGUCAUUGAAAAAGGCACUACCAUUAUUAUACCCGUAGCAGCUAUCCAUUAUGAUGCCGACUAUUAUCCAAAUCCCUGCAAAUUCGAUCCUUCACGUUUUGAGCCUCAGCAAAUAGAAAAACGUCAUACUUGCUGUUAUUUGCCAUUUGGAGAUGGUCCCCGCAAUUGUAUUGGCUCUCGUUUUGGUAAAAUGCAAACGAAAAUUGGUUUAAUCUCUUUGUUGCAACGUUAUCGCUUUGAGUGUAGCUCCCAAACGGAGAUACCAUUGGAAAUUGAUAAGAAGAAUUUUUUGAUAAGUCCCAAAAAUGGCAUUAAUCUAAAAGUUAUAAUGCUUGAACGUAAUGAGUCUUUAAUAUUGCUCACCAAAGCUUAUCGUGAAUGUGUUCCAUUGGUUUCAAUGAUAGAUGUUUUGUGCUGUGGUAAUUUUGACAUGGAAGACAAAGAUCGCCCAGGACAGCCAAAAAAGCUUGAAGACCAAGAAUUGGAGGCAUCACUACUUGAUGAUUGUUAUCAAACUCAACAAGAUCUUGCAGUAGUUUCAAGACGUUUGCGAGCAGCAGGUUUCAUCCAAAAGCUGCGAAAUUGGCGCAAAAUGUUUUUAGUAUUCGGUACUUUAAUAUUUUGUCUACUAAAUAUUUUGGCAUUCUACCUGUACAACUGUUACAGCUACUGGAAGAGACGGGGAGUUUUAUAUGAGACACCCCUACCUAUCUUUGGAAAUUUCCUGGGUGUAGGAAAAACCAAACACAUGAUUAAUGUAAUUGGUCACUUGUACAGAAAAUUCAAUGGCAAGGCUCCUUUUUGUGGUGCCUAUUUGUUUGUAUCCAAAGUAGCUGUAAUAUUUGACCUGGAUUUGAUUAAGAAUAUUUUAAUAAAGGACUUUUCAAACUUUCACGAUCGUAAUGCUUAUCAUAAUGUGGAAGAUGAUCCCUUAACUGGCCAUUUGGUAUUAUUGGAGGGAGAAGAAUGGCGUGCUAUGAGAACAAAAUUAACACCUGUGUUUACUUCAGCCAAAAUGAAGUAUAUGUUUCCCACGAUGGUGGCAGUGGGAAAGAAUUUUUCUCAGACUCUCAAACAAGAGCUUAGUAAAACGCCUAAUAAUGUAUUGGAAAUCAAAGAUCUUUGUGCUCGCUUUACCACCGAUGUCAUAGGUUCAUGUGCUUUUGGCAUAGAGUGCAAUAGCCUCCAAGAUCCCAAUGCAGAAUUUAGAGUUAAAGGACGUGCCAUAUUCACUGAUACACGCCAUGGUAUUUUAGUGCAAAUGUUUAUGAUGAUAUUCCCGGAUCUGGCCCGCAAGUUACAUAUGAAAUUGUUUACCGAUAGUGUUAGUGAUUUCUUUAUAAAUAUUGUCAAACAAACUGUGGACUAUCGUUUGGCUAAUAACAUCAAACGUAAUGAUUUUAUGGAUUUGUUAAUAGAAUUAAAAAAUAAAAAUGAUGACACGGAACACAACUCAAGUGGCAUUGAUCUCUCGCAAGGUUUAACCAUAGAACAAAUGGCUGCCCAAACAUUUGUGUUUUUCUUGGGUGGUUUUGAGACUUCAUCGAUUACCAUAUCGUUUUGUCUCUAUGAGUUGGCUAAACAUAUGAAAAUACAAGAAAAAUUAAGACAUGAAAUCUUAGCAGAAAUAAAAGAGUGUAACAAUGAAAUCACUUAUGAAGUGGUCAAUAACAUGGUGUAUUUGAAGCAAGUUAUAGCGGAAACUUUACGUAUGUAUCCUGUUCUUCCCAAUUUGGUGCGCAGAACUAAAAAUGACUACCAAGUACCUAAUACUGAGCAUAUAAUUGAAAAAGGCAUUGACGUUGUUAUACCCGUAUCAGCCAUACACUAUGAUGUCCAGUACUAUGAGGAGCCCACGAAAUUUGAUCCUGAUCGUUUUUUAGCUUCCGAAAUUGAAAAACGUCAUAGUUCUGCCUAUCUACCAUUUGGAGAUGGUCCCCGCAGUUGUAUUGGUUCUCGUUUCGGUAAAAUGCAAACUAAAUUGGGAUUAAUUUCAAUUCUCAGUCAAUAUCGGGUGGAGUGUUGUUCGCAGACCGAAAUUCCCAUUGAAUUUGAUAAGACGAAUAUUUUGGUGUCUUCGAAAAAUGGUAUUUAUUUGAGAGUGGUGCCAUUGUGAUUUAAAAUUAUAAAUUUAUAAAAUUUUCUAUAAAAUAUACUAUAUGUGAAUAAAUUGCAGUGUUAUUUUUUAAUAAAGAAUAUUUUAUUAAUCAAAUACAUUUUUAUUUUAAGCAAA